CAUGAGUCUUGUACUUCUUGAUAAUAGAAACAGUAGUUGAAAUUGAAAUACUCAAAUGCUUGGAAAUCUUCUUCUUUAUGACAGUAAAUUUAUGCAUAAGGUCUUCAGAUGGCUCUUUACUUUUUCCCAUAUUGACUUAUUGGUAAUGACAGCAAUCAUCCUAAGCCAGUACUAUCACAGAUACCAUCAAAGGGUAUGAAUACUUUUGAAUUAGCAUUUUUGGAAUUUUGCAAAAAAAAUUGCUGAAAUAAAUAAUUGUAGACACCUACUUGUAAUUUUUUUCCUCAUCCACAAAAGCUAAAUGUUUGCAACAAGAUUUUUCUCUCAUAUCUUGUAGCAGGACAGGGGCCCUGCAAAUGUAGAAGUGUUUGUUUUGUAGCAGGGACAGGGUGAAAAGUCUCCCUGCCAAGCUAAUUGUUUUUGUUUAAUUAUGUUAUUUGUUAAUUGUUUUAUUGUUUUGGCAGUUGGCCUCGUUAUUGUAAAUUGAGGCCAACUGCCAAGUAUAAAAGGAGCGCAGUCAGAGAUAGGGGACUACCUGCCACUUCCACCACUAGAGGAAGACUACCUGCCACUUCCACCACUAGAGGAAGACUACUUGCCACUUCCACCACUAGAGGAAGAUGACCUGCCGCUCCCGCUACAUCACUAGAAGAAGACGACCUGCCGCUCCCACCUCCACCAGUAGAGAAAGACGACUGACAGUUCCCACUUCCGCUACACGAGGGAGAAGCCCCGCGGUCUCCAGCGCGAGAGGGAGAAGCCCUGCGGUCUCCAAAGCAAGCGGGAAUAGCAACGGACAAGGGGGAGGAGGUAAAAAGCAUACUUCCACCACAGCCCCACAAGCCAGUCCGGCGCUGUUGGACGUGGUCCCUUACCCCGCGCUCAUCAGUCCCUUGCCGGAAUGCCCGGACCUCCCUCCACUUGACCUUUCUCCCAGGUCGCAGGACUGCCAGGCACAGUUGCUUGCCUGGUCCCUUACUCCACUCCCUCAGGAGCUGCAGACGUCACGUUGUGGGAGUCGGAUGUCGCAUGCGUUCCCCCUUCUUCCCACUGUUCCCCCUGAGGCUCCAGACGUUGCUGCGCCUGUCCACAGUCGCACACCUCUGCCUGCCAUUCCUUGCUCCCGGUUACUGGCCUGCGCUGCGGUCGCCCUGGUCAAGCCGCCUGGGUUCCACCUCGCAGGAUCGCGGUCCCUUGCCGGAAGUGUCGGAGAGACCAGCCCAUCCUCAAGCCUGCCCGCAGGAAAAGAUGAAAAAUUGAAUUUUUGGACGAGGGAGGAGAGGCUGAAGAAGGAACUGAGGGUGAAGCUUGAGAUGGCGAAAUUUCUUCAGGACACUAUUGAGGAGAUCGCACUCCGUAACAAGGCAGCCAAAGGGGAUGUGACGGAGGAGUUCUCCACAUUCUUUCAGAAGAUCAGGAAUUCUGGAGAAAGGCCCAGCAACGAGGAGAUCAUGCGCUUCUCCAAGCUGUUUGAAGACGAGCUGACGCUGGACAACCUGACCCGGCCACAACUGGUCGCCCUGUGCAAGCUGCUGGAGCUACAGUCCAUCGGAACCAACAACUUCCUACGCUUCCAGAUCAUAAUGAAGCUCCGCACCAUCCGGGCCGAUGACAAGCUGAUUUCCGAGGAGGGGGUUGACAGCCUGAAUGUGAAGGAGUUGCAGUCGGCUUGUCGGGCGCGAGGGAUGAGGGCGCUGGGCGUGACGGAGGAGCGUCUCCGGGAGCAGCUCAAGCAGUGGCUGGAGUUGCACCUGAACCAGCAGAUCCCCACCUCUCUGCUGCUGCUGUCUAGGGCCAUGUACCUGCCGGACACUCUGUCCCCAGCCGACCAGCUCAAGACCACCUUGCAGACCCUCCCUGAGAUUGUAGCGAAGGAGGCCCAGGUGAAGGUGGCGGAGGUGGAGUGCUACAAGGUGGACAACAAGACCAAGCUGGAGGCCACGUUGCAGGAGGAGGCGGCCAUCAGGAAGGAGAACGAGGAGCGCGAGAUGGAGAGACUAGCUGAUGCUGCUGAGAAGGCGAAGGAGGUCCUUCAGGUAGCAGCCAGAAAAGUGGAGACUGCGGUGAACAUGGAGGCAACAGCUGUUAAGAAAAGCCAGUUCGCCAUGGAUACGGAGCAGGAGCUUGCCACCGUCAACCUGGAGAUUAAUUCGGAGACCUUGAAGGACACGGCUCCAGUCUUGGAAGGGAUUAAGGGAGAGGAGAUAACCAAAGAGGAGAUUGACAUGCUGAGCGACGCCUGCACUAAACUCAAGGAGCAAAAGAAACUGCUGACCAAAGAGAAGGAGGAGCUGGAGGAUCUGAAGGAUGACGUCCAGGAGUACAAUGAGGAUUUGGAGGAGAUCAAGAAGGAGCUGUCGAAGACUGGGCAGGAGGAUGCCAUGCAGGAGUCCAAGGCCAGCAAGAGGCUGACGAAGAGGGUGAACCGCAUGAUCAGCCGGAUCGGCAAGAUCAUCUCCGAGUUGGAGACAGACACGAAACUGCUGGAUGGACGGUUGGACAGCAAGACCACUACAUCCACCAGCUUGUACUUCUCCUUUAGUGAGAACCUCAUCAGUAUCAACGAGCUGAUUGAUGUGAUGAGACAGAUCCAGAACAUCCCGGAACACAAGCUGCAGUGCAUCGCAGAGACUCUGGACGAGAACAAGGACGGCAAGAUCGACAUCGACGACGUCAUCAAGGUGGUGGAGCUCAUAGAUAAGGAGGACAUUGACAUCUCGACGAGCCAGGUGGCUGAGAUCAUGGUGAUGCUGCAGAAGGAGGAGAAGCUGGCGGAGAAGGAGAAAGCCAAGGAGAAGGAGCAGGCUGCCAAAGUGCUGAACUGAGGCCGGCUCAUCAAUUCAUCACCUUUCCUGCUUCACAGAAGUGGAGUCGCUCCAGUUGCACAAGGGCAGAGGUGGCUAUCUUCCUUUUGGAAAUGAACCCACUAUUAAUAAUGGCAGGAGGUGCCCCAGUGCAGAUAAGAAUUGUUGCAUGAGGGUUUUAUAAAUAUGGUACCAAACUGUGCUCUGGUGCAAACUAAAAUAGUGACUGAUAGCAUUAUCAGUUACACACGCACACACAAACAUGGAAAACAUUGUUUUAAGGUGGUGCGAUUUGCCCAAUUUAUUGUUUUGUUUUUAUAAAAAUGAAAAAAAAACAAACACAAAAUGAAAGACUUUACAUUGUGAAGAAUUAAAAAAACAUGAAUUGCACACUAAAUUAUAUGAUGUCAUUCCAGAAGCAUGGAAUCAAUUAUUUUAUUUGAUAUAUAAUUAUAUUUAAAUGUGAGUCUCUCAUUUAUCCAUGUAUUUAAUAAUGAUAAUUCUGAUAUUGAAUUUGACAUGGUGAUCUUAAAACUUCUAAUGUUUUAUAUACAAACUUUAAUGGCAUUAUUAAAUAUACCAAUAUAUGUAAAUAAACUAUAAUAAAACACUUUGAAUGGGAUCAACCAAGAUGAUCUGGUGCGUUGUUUUGAAAUGGGGUGUUGAAAGCUGCUGUUGACAGCCUUUUUGAUCUGUAAAUGGAAAGUUUUUAUUUUUAUAUAUAAUCAAAGGCAUAUACUAUUGAUCACUGAAAAGUUGAUUUUAAAUAGCUGCGUAUGGCAGCUUUUCAUGCAUUCUACAAUGUUGAUAUACAAACUUGAAAUGCAACUAUUUGUAUCUUAUGUGAAGCAGGAGAUUUGGUUCAUUGACAGACUGCCAGGCUUUUGCUGCUUUGUAAACUCUUUUGUUUAAAGUUUGUUUGUGUGUUUUUUUUUUUUAAGUUUAACAGUAAGGAAGGCAGAACAUGCAGGAUCAGUUGCAGUUAUGAUGAAUAAAAUCAGAAUGGAUUUGAUAGAUUGAAUAUUGCUGCUCUUCAUGAAUCAUUCUUACCACCUAAUGUAACCUAAAAUUGUAAUAAAUCCACUCUGCACAGCAAACUGCCUGGGGGCUCUCGGAUACAGCAUAGGCAUGUGCGCCAAGCAGUAACUGUUUUAGCUGAGUCUCAACAUGUCACAGAUAUUGUACUGAUUCUGUGAAACAGGAGCAAGUUCAGUGUGGGAAUGUUGAACUGGUAGAAAACAGUGUUUUAUGUUGAAAUGGCAAACUGGGUUAUUUGUUGCAUAUCUUGCCCAAGUUGAAACUCUUGGAUAUUGUCAAUCUGUUGCGUGUAUUAGAUUGCUGUUGUAAUGAAUACUUUGACAUUGAAUUGCAAACAAGCCUGAAAGUGGACCACCGGUGCAAGUCUUGAUACACAACCUGUUAUUUGUGUUAACAGCAGAUGGCGCUAUUUGCACAAUCAAUAUUUGUUUGCUGCUGUUGUGUCUGUAAAGCAGGGGUGGGGAAUAAUAAUUGGGCCAAUUAAAUAGUUUAGGGCACAGUUGGAACAAAAGCCAGGGGGGACACUGGCCCUCUAGGACCAGGGUUCCCCACCCCUGCUAGAAAGCAUAGCAUAAACUGCUUUUGUUUUCAGCCUAAAUUUUUAUAUCAGAUACAAGCACCCUUGUAUAAAAAGUUCUGUAGUAAUGCAGACGUUAAUAACUUUGCCGUUCCCAUAAAAGUCUGAGGCACUACAUUAAAACAUUACUACAACUCUCAA